AUGUCGAAUCCGGUCGCACUUUACUCAAGCGCUUCGCUCGAGGCUGCCAAUGCAACACCUUUCAGCUCGACGAGUGGCACGCUUGAGCCAGCACUGCUCCAAGCUCUUGCGGCAAUGAAAUUCAACUUCAUGACUCCGGUACAGGAAGCAGUCCUCAGCAAAUUACCAUCUAUGCACAGUGACUGCCUAGUUCAAGCAAAGACCGGCACCGGGAAGACUAUUGCCUUCUUGCUUCCUGCCUUGCAGAAUUUGCGACAGUCAUCUACGGUCAAAGGACAAGUCUCCAUCCUCAUUUUGUCUCCUACCCGAGAGUUGGCAUUACAAAUUGCCUCGGAAGCCCAACGAUUAGCGUCGAAGUUUCAGCCACCGGUUCAUGUACACACCGCGUUCGGUGGAACAGCCAAGGCCAGCGCACUGGAAAAGUUCAAGCGCGAAGAUCCCAAUAUCUUGGUUGCGACACCGGGGAGGCUCAAUGAUUACCUCUCGGAGGCGAAUGUGAGGGCGAAGUUCAAGAACAUGAAGACGUUAAUCUUGGAUGAGGCUGAUAGAAUGCUUGAUCAAGGCUUUCUACCUGAUAUCCUCCGGAUCCUGAACGCUUUACCACCAAAGUCGGGCCACAAUGGUCAAUGGCAAGGCAUGUGCUUCUCAGCAACGAUACCGCCCAAGAUGGAAAAGGUCUUCUCUCAUGUGUUGACGAAGGGUCACACUACUAUCUCAACUAUCGACAAGACGGAGCCACCAACGCUAACAAAGGUGCCUCAAUACUCGGUCAUUAUUCCUACCGUCGCCGAAACUUUCACAAGUCUGUUCUCGCUUCUCAAGGAGGAAUUGAGAGCUGUAGAUGGAGUGCCAAGAAUCAUCGUAUUUGGUACUACUGCGAACCUUGUGGCCAUGUUCGCAAGGGUAUUUGAGGAAAAGCUGGGCCUGCCUGUUCAUGAGCUGCACAGCCGGCUGUCGCAACCUGCGAGAACCAGAGUGACGGAUCUUUUCAAAGAUAGUAAGAAUGCUGGAGUAUUAUUUGCUUCUGACGUGAUCGGGCGAGGCAUGGAUUUUGCAGACGUCUCCUUGAUCAUCCAAGUCGGACUCCCCUUGGACUCAGACGCGUACACCCAUCGUGUGGGCCGCACAGCACGCGCUGGCAAAGAUGGACGGGCAGUCAUUAUACUAACCCAACAAGAAAGCUACUUUCUCCACACCAACCCUCAAUUUCCAAUCAACCCAUACCCACAUGCCGAUCGUAUCUUGAGUGGCCACUCUGCCCAAACCAACGCUCACUCGAUCAAUGCGAGAUUGGAAACUAUUGAUCCCAACGUCAAGCGAAAGGCCUACUCGGCAUAUCUGGGUUUUAUGAAAGGGUUUGUGAGGAAGCUGAGAAUCGAGCCAGAAGGCCUUGUCAAGAUGGCGAAUGAGUUUGCGGUACGGAGCAUGAUGUGUGAUGAGGUGCCUGAGAUGGACAAAAAGACUGUUGGCAAAAUGGGUCUCAAAGGCGUGUCUGGUAUCCGCUACGCCAAAAACACUCUCUCAACUCAGAACCAGGACGCCAAACGGGUCGCUCCGAGGCGUGAGCCAGAUCCUCCGUCCCGACGACUCAAGCAUCAAGAUAUGCCGGAGGCAAUCCCGAAGCCUGCUCCGACGCGACAGCCUGCAGGCGGGAGUAACCCUGGACGUGGUCGUGGACGUGGACGUGGUCGUGGAAAUGGCGGGGGCGGUCGCGGUGGUCGUGGCGGUGUUGCAAAGGGCGCGAAUUCGGAGCCACUUGGCCGUGAACGUUGA